AUGUAUUCCUUUGAGGGAGACUUUAGAAGGAAGCCACAACAGAAUCUAUCGGGAGCAAGUGCACAACGCAAUACUGACCGGGAUGCCCUAAUAUUGCAGUCACAACAACAGAGGCAGAAACGUGAGGAACGUAGAAAGCGUCUGAACAGUGCAAUAAAAAUUCAAGCUUAUAUAAGAAGCUAUUUAACAAGGAAACACUGUAAACAAAGUGAGCGGGUGCAAUUUGAUACUCUUUUCCCAAAGGCCAAUGAUGAUGAUCGAUUAGUCUUUUCUACUCUUAUUACCAAAAUAUUGUUCUUCUAUGAUGCUAAGAAAGAUGUUUCAAGAUUGAUAUCAAUAUCACAAAUUCUUUUGAAACAAUGGAAAAAAGUUUUCAAAAAUGCAAAUUCUUGUAUUCAAAUAAGAAGACUAUUGGCUAUGCAUUUGCUGUUGCUCAAAGACAACAUUGAGGUACCAUUAGCAGUCCCACUUAGAAUGUUUGAAGUAUUUACUUCAGUAGCAUCUGCAGAAUCAACAUUAAGUAAAGAUGAGGCUCUAACAAUCAUUGGAAAUACUUUUAUAUACCUGAUUCGAAGAGGCUAUUUCAAAGACUUGUGUCAUCUUAUGUGUCAAAGAACUCCACCAUUAUAUGGACCAUCACCAAAUCCACCAACACCACUUUGUGGGGCUUUGCUGGAUCUGAUUCAGAGACCUUUGCAUUUAAUUUCAAAAGUUCAUCUGCCAGAUUAUAAUAAUACUGUGAUGACAGAGUUUGCAUCUGCUUUUCUAUGCAACCCUUAUUGGGAGCCAGUAGAAAUGUUUAUUAUACCGUCACUACGAGAGAACUCUGAAAAGAAAUUCCCUUUUCUAUCUCUACUACAAUGUCUCGAAGACGAUAGCAAAUUCACUAGUAAAUUGUUAAUAAAUGAUUCAUGGUUGCUUCAUUCUGUUUUAUCAUUGGAACCACCGGAAUUUGUUAAUGACAUAAGAAAUUUGAAUAAUACAAGACUGCCAAAUAAUCCUAUUGUGUUAAAUUAUCUCAAAUUAAUAGCUAAGUUGACUGUGAAUGUGUGCAAUAAACAAAUUACAUAUGAAUAUGAAGAUUCACUGUACAGCCAAGAGACAGCAGCGGACAAGGAUGAUGAUAGUGACAGUGAAACAGAACCAAACCCUACAUCAGUUAGAGAGAAGUUACUAUUGACAAAGUGUAUAGAACUUUUGAAUGAACCUGACCGCUGCAUUAUGGUAACCUGCUCACAGAUAACAGAGAGUGAUCUCAGUGACGAAUUCUUAGAUGCCAUGUCAGAUAUAUGUCACAAUUUAUUAUUGAGUCAUAGAAUGGCUUUACAUAAGUAUAGAUUACUAUACACAUUAGCAUUUAAACCUAUAUUUAUACGCGGCCUCUGGCGUUGGCUGAGUAAUAUGAGUCACGAGUCUUCGUUCGGUGGAUCUGCUACUCCUCUGCUGUCUGCGCUGUCACGAGGAAUGGGCGCUGAGUAUACAGUGAUAGGAGUACAUAGACUUCUGGCUCCGUUAGCCGCCUUCUGCGCCCUGUUCUCACUGUUGAUCGGCACUUUACACGACACAGAGUUUUGUCGUGAGACUGACGACGAUGAUGUCAAAAUGACAUUUACUCCAGUAAGUACAAGUACCAGUGGUGGUCCAAGUGGCGGCAGAGUUCAUGCUUUCGAAUUUUCCGAGUUGGGUGGUCUCUGUCGCACACUGCGUCAAGUGUGUCUCGGCCUCGUGGAACUCGCUUACCCGGAGACGAGGCCAGUGGUAGGAGGUUCUUACAAGGAUGCCGUAGGAAAUACUCAGAUUGAACUUUCUGGGAAAAACCAAACUCCGGCUUGGUCACAUUUGUUUAAGGUUUGUACGCAUUUAUUGCGCGCGUUAUAUGUGCGUGAUUCGCGUCUGCAAUUCUGCGGCGCGGAGGAGUGGCCGGCGCCGGGCGCGGUGCCCGAGGGCGAGGCCGCGGUACUUAUUGUGGCGGGUACACAUCACAGACCGAACCCGAGGCAAUUGAGACGCCCGCCCGCCCUGUCCACAGCUUUAUCAUCACAAGAAGAAGGACCGCCUUUAACAAUCAAGGAGCUGAGGACAGUCACUAUAUUGCGAGAAAUACCUUUCGUAGUGCCUUUUUCAACACGAGUGCUUAUAUUUCAAGGGCUGCUUAUGAGGGAGAAACUCGACCACUGGUAUGAGAUGACAAAUUUCAAUGAAGGCCCAUCUAUAUACAUAAGUGUGCGACGUACUCAUCUAUAUGAAGACGCCUUUGAUAAACUAAGGCCAGAUAAUGAGCCUGAUAUGAAAUUGAAACUUCGGGUUCAGCUCAUCAAUCAGGCAGGCGCUGAGGAAGCAGGCGUUGAUGGCGGAGGGUUGUUUAGAGAAUUCCUAUCAGAAUUACUAAAGUCAGCAUUUGAUCCUAAUAGAGGACUGUUUAGAUUAACUAGGGACAACAUGCUGUAUCCAAAUCCAGGAGUGCAUUUAUUAUAUGAUGACUUCCCAAUGCACUACUACUUUGUUGGAAGGAUGUUAGGAAAGGCGAUAUACGAGAACUUGCUAGUGGAGGUGCCACUGGCGGAGUUCUUCCUGGGCAAGUUGUGUUCGUCCCGCGAGCCGGACGUGCACGCGCUCGCGUCCCUUGAUCCGGCUCUGUACCGCGGGCUGCUGAUGCUGCGCGCGCACGGCCGCCACGAGGUCGCCGACCUGGGGCUGGACUUCACCAUACUCAGCGAUGAGCUCGGCGAGCGUACGACAGAGGAGUUGAAACCGGGAGGCGCAAACAUUCCAGUCACAGCCGAAAAUAGGAUAGAAUAUAUACAUCUAGUCGCUGAUUAUAAGUUGAACAGGCAAAUAAGGGCGCAGUGUAACGCUUUCAAGCGUGGUCUUACAUCUGUGGUGAACGGUGAAUGGCUGCGUAUGUUCUCCUGUCGUGAAUUACAGCUGCUCAUAUCUGGUGCUGAAGUGCCCAUAGACCUGGACGAUCUAAUGGCACACACUCAGUACGCGGGAGGUUUCUCAGCGACGCAUCCGACAGUGCAAUGUUUCUGGAAGGUAGUGAAGAACUUUACAGACGAUCAGAGACGGCAACUUUUAAAGUUCGUCACCAGUUGCUCAAGACCACCGUUAUUAGGAUUUAAGGAGUUGCAACCGCCGCUGUGUAUCCAAUCAGCGGGCGCGGCAGAUCGGCUACCGUCCGCUUCCACUUGCAUGAACCUGCUGAAGCUGCCGGAGUACACGCGCGAAGAUCUGAUGGCAGAGAAACUGCUUUACGCUAUACAGGCCGGCGCCGGCUUCGAGCUCAGCUAA